CUGACCACCGGCAGUGCAAUGACCGGAAGCUGUUAGGGUCUGUGGUCCAAGUUCCGUUCCAAGGCGGCAGAGCCUGGACCAUUUGAAUCUAGGAUCUCUGGCCAAGAUGCCGAACAUUAAAAUCUUCAGCGGCAGCUCCCACCAGGACUUAUCCCAGAAGAUUACUGAGCGCCUGGGCCUGGAACUCAGUAAGGUGGUAACUAAGAAAUUCAGCAACCAGGAGACCUGCGUGGAAAUUGGGGAGAGUGUGCGCGGAGAGGAUGUCUACAUCGUUCAGAGCGGUUGCGGCGAAAUCAACGACAGUCUAAUGGAACUUUUGAUCAUGAUUAAUGCUUGCAAGAUCGCUUCAGCCAGCCGGGUGACUGCAGUCAUUCCGUGCUUCCCUUAUGCCCGUCAGGAUAAAAAGGAUAAGAGCCGGGCUCCCAUCUCUGCGAAGCUUGUAGCAAAUAUGCUGUCUAUAGCGGGUGCCGAUCACAUCAUCACCAUGGACCUUCACGCUUCUCAGAUCCAGGGCUUUUUUGACAUCCCGGUAGACAAUCUGUAUGCAGAGCCAGCAGUCCUAAAGUGGAUAAGGGAGAAUAUCUCUGAAUGGAGGAACUGUACAAUUGUGUCUCCUGAUGCUGGCGGGGCGAAGAGGGUCACUUCCAUCGCAGACCAUUUGAAUGUGGAUUUUGCCUUGAUUCACAAAGAACGGAAAAAAGCCAAUGAAGUGGACCGCAUGGUUCUCGUGGGCGAUGUGAAGGAUCGCGUGGCUAUCCUCGUGGAUGACAUGGGCGACACUUGUGGUACGAUCUGCCACGCGGCUGACAAACUUCUUUCAGCAGGAGCCACCAGAGUUUAUGCCAUCUUGACUCACGGGAUCUUCUCUGGCCCCGCCAUUGCACGCAUCAACGGUGCAUGCUUUGAAGCCGUGGUGGUCACUAAUACCAUACCUCAGGAGGACAAGAUGAAAGAAUGCACCAAAAUCCAGGUGAUUGACAUCUCCAUGAUUCUUGCAGAAGCCAUCCGGAGAACCCAUAAUGGAGAAUCUGUUUCCUACCUGUUCAGUAAUGUUCCCUUGUAAUGAAAUGACAUAGAUUUUUACAUACAGUGAGAUAAAAUAAAAGUAAACCCUGUUCAA